AUGCUUUCAAGAUCAAUUCGCUCAUGCGCAAAGAGAAUCCCAAAGAGACAACUUCCAGUUACUCGUUCAAUUAUCUCUGUGUCAAGCAUUAGACCACAAACCGUGAGUUUAUUCCCCACAAGGAUUUUUGCAGUCAAGUACAGUUCUGCCACUCAACCCGAUUCCAAUGGCAAGGGAGAGUUGUUGAUUGAAUUCACUUGUAACGUAUGUGAUGAGAGAUCAGCCCACAAUAUGUCAAAACAAGCUUAUGAGCACGGUACUGUUUUGAUACAAUGUCCCAAAUGUAGGAGCAGACAUUUGAUUGCUGAUCACUUGGGGUUUAUAAGAGAUGAAAAGUUUAACUUGAAAGAUUAUAUUGAAAGUCAAGGAGAAAAGAUUGAUAACAGAGUGUUGGAAUUCGAAAAGAUUCCACCAAAUUUGGCCCAUUCUUCAGGACAAACUGCUGAUGAAGAUACACCUAAACAAGAAAAAGUUUUGGAUCUUGAAAGUCCCGAUGAUAAGGUGAUCAAAGACAAAAAGGAGUAA